CAAAAGUAGUCCCCAGUAUUUACAGAAGAAUUCGGGGCCCCUCAUAUCCCCAUUCUUUAACAUCUCCUCCCCACAUCCUUUUCGUUCUACCUCUCUGAAUUUCCUCUCUCAUUUCUCUCUGUGCUCUCACUCUCACUGUUCGUUUUCAAUAUCGAUCAUGAAAAGCAGCGCGAACACGAAGCUCAUUCUCCUCCACUCUUCUAUCCAUAAACCCUCCUCCGCUCACCACCACUGCUUUUACCUUCUCUUCUUCCUCACUUUCUUCACCUUAGUCUUUACUCUCACUUUCUUCAACUCCGCCAUCAAUCCCGUCGCCUUCACUAACACAUUCACGUCCGCCUCGAGCUCCGGCAGCCUUCCGUCCACCAUUACCGCUGCUCUCCUUCACUACACCUCCACCUCUAACUCCACCAUGACUCCAGCUGAGCUUACCUCCAUCGCCAACACUCUCUCAACCUGUUCUCCCUCUUGUAACUUCCUCAUUUUCGGUCUCACCCACGAGUCUCUCCUUUGGAAGUCGCUAAAUUUCCAAGGCCGCACUAUCUUUCUCGACGAAAGCGAGUUCUUAGUCCAAUCUUUUGAGAAACUUCAUCCGGAUAUCGAGAUUUACGAUGUUCAAUACGUCACCAAGGUCAAGGAAAUGAGAGAACUUUUGUCGUUGGCGAAAAGUCACGUGAGAGGCGAUUGCCGGCCAGUGCAAAAUCUUCUCUUUUCUGACUGCAAAUUGGGAAUCAACGACUUGCCGAAUCAUAUAUACGACAUUGACUGGGAUGUGAUUUUAGUGGACGGUCCACGUGGCUACAACUCGGCCGCUCCAGGGAGGAUGGCUCCGAUAUUUUCGGCUGCUGUAAUGGGGAGAAGCAAGAGGGGGAAGGAGAAGAAGACGCAUGUAUUCGUACACGAUUUCGAUAGGGAAGUUGAGAGAGUUUACAGUGACGAGUUUCUGUGUACAGAGAACUUGGUGGAGAGUGUGGAUUUGUUGGGGCAUUUUGUGCUGGAGAAAAUGGAGGAGAUCAAGUUUGAGUUCUGUAGAAAUUCAUCAUCAUCGUCGUCUUUACCAUAUUCAUCAUCAUCAGAAGAUGGCGAUGAUGAUGACGACAAAUGAUUCAGAUAAGAACUGUGAUUAUUUAUUGUAUAAUUACAUGCCCGAUUUACCUUUAAUGUCUUUUUGCUUUUUCUACAUGUAACAUGUCGAAAUUUUCUAGUUUCGAAAUUUAAAAUUUGAAUCUUUAGAGACCCAAAAGGAAAAUCUAGUAUUGAAGAUUCAAAAUUCGUAA